UCCCCGGCACCGCCGGCCUCUGCCCCCGCCGAAGCGGCCGCAGCGCCCGGAUGCCGGAGCGCUGGAGGUGUCGCCAGGCGGCGGGAGUGGGAGCGGCGCGUAGGGCUGGGCUCGCCGCCAUGCCCAAGUACUACGAGGACAAGGAGGAGGACGAGCGCGCCUGCAGCGGCGUGCGGGAGGACCUGCGGCAGUGCCUGCUGGAGAGCCCCUGCGUGCUGCAGGAAAACAAAAGCCCUAAACAAUGCUUGAGGGAAGGACACUGUAGGAGUUUGCAAGUGACAUUCUUUGCAUGCAAAAGAUCAAUGUUGGAUACCAGGGCAAGAUUCAGAGGAAGGAAGGGAUACUGAAGUCUUCAUCAAGAGACCUAGCCAUGGGAAUUCAGGGUUCAUCAGCACUUUACAAAAAAACAGAGACUAAAGUAAGAAGAUUGUACCUGCUAUAUCCUUUCAUGCAGUGUUUUCGUGGAAGGUACCUGCUCCUGAGUAUUCUGAUAGAUUGACCUGGAUGUGCAUUUAAAUGUUAAAAAGAAGAUAAGCCUAAAGCUGCAAGUUCUGACCAAAAUGGGUACUUGUCAUGUACUUGAAAUAAAAUAUGUGAAAUCCAGAAUAAGCUGCAGAAUUU